AUGUCGCCGCACGCAGAAUGCGACUCGUUAAGUCGCUUCGGACGCGAAUUUAAGAGACAGCUUCUAAAUAUCCAGUGGCGGUGCGCGCAUGCGUUCGCAGAUCUGUAUCGCGCGCACAAUACCGCAGCCGACCGUCACGACGUCCCUCGCAGAAAUAUGGACGCGACCGCCGCGUGCCUUCUUGUUUUAUAUGGCCGACCGAUGCGAUAUGGCGACGAGUAA